CUCUCUCUCUCUCUCUCUCUCUCUCUCUCUCCUCUCUCUCUCUCAGGUCUGACAGCGGCUGCUCUUGCUGAGGCCAUGAAGACCAAAAAGAUCAAGUUGGAGGUGAUGGGGGGUUACCAUAGUAACCACCACCAGCAUCAUCAUCACCACGAGACAGACGGAGAGAACGGAGGAGAUCACCACAACUCCUCCAGUCUGGGUCUGGAACACCUCCCGUUCAUGAUGAUGUCACACCCCCUGAUCCCUGUUAGUAUGGCCCCUGCCUCCGUCUCCAUGGCGAUGAGUCAGAUGAACCACCUCAACACGUUAGCCAGCAUGGCCUCUGCUGCCCAGGUCCACCACUCUACCCUCUCCUCCCGCGGCCGCAUGGUCACCUCUGUUAUAAAGGAGCGUGUUCGGGACAGUCCGUCUCCAGCUCCCUCUCUGGAGGACGGGAGGAGGUCUGGGAGUCACCUGUCCUCUCGUCACAGCAGCAGCAUCUCCAGCUCCCCAGUACACCCAGAACACUCUGCAGACAGGACCCACAUGCAGCAGAACGGCCUGUCCUCCAGCCAGGCUCUGUUGGGUCUGUCUCCCAGUGCUGUGCCUGGUCCUAAAGAAGGAGAUGUGGCCUCCCUGGACUCUGGCCACCAAGCUAAGAGGAACCAUGUUGAGAGAGAUGACUGUGGUUUCCUGAGCACCCAGACAGUCAGAGAACCAAUCAGAGAGCCAUUUCGAGAGCCAGUCAGAGACGGCUAUGAGAGGCUGUCGUUCUCGGGGCAGAAGCUUCCUCCAGGGUUCCCCGGACCCUUUAUCUUCCCCGAGGGGCUGUCGUCAAUAGAGACACUGCUCACUAACAUCCAGGGCUUGCUGAAGGUUGCCAUCGACAACACGCGCGCUCAGGACAAGCAGGUGCAGACGGAGAAGUCAGAGCUGAAGAUGGAACUGUUCAGAGAGAGGGAGCUGAGAGAGACACUGGAGAGACAGCUCACCAUGGAGCAGAAAAACAGAGUGCUGAUCCAGAAGCGUCUGAAGAAAGAGAAGAAGACGAAGAGGAAACUUCAGGAGGCUCUGCAGUUUGAGUGUAAACUGAGAGACCACGCUGAGCAGAGCCUGCAGCAGACUGUAGCCUCAGACAGAGCCCUCUGUGACUCACUGACCCAGGAAGUAGACAGCGGUAACCAAGGUAACGGCAGGACUGACGCAGAGGCAGCGAUACAAGAUGGAAGACUCUUCCUGAAAACCACAGUGAUGUAUUGAAGUCAACAUGAAGAGAAGAUGGAUUCGAGCACCAUUGGAGAGAUUCCAGGGACUUGCAGCAGCAACAUCAUGGACGUUUCAGUACUCCACACUACUGUCAUUAAAGACGGACAAUACACAACAAAGAACAAAUAAUCAAAGAAUUGUCAUAACGGUGUUAUGUGCAAAACCACUGUAUUUCACAGCAACACAUUCAAAGCAAAGUGGAACUGAAGGAGAGAUUUUUCUACUUUAUUUAAACCAGCCCGAAUGCUCAGAGACAAAUCCACUUCCGAUUUUUGACUUGUAUUCCUGUCUCAAGUUUUAUAAGAUUUCAAUGUUUUAAAGCAUAAUGUCACGAAGGUAAUCUAGAGGGUAAUUUAUUACGUUAUUUCUGUACAUAAAUUCAUACAAUGUUUCAUUACAAUAUUUGUUUUUGUUGUUUAUUCUAGUAAUGAAAAAUGACAGUUUGUCCUUUGCCAUUGUUGUAUAUCAGAUGAAAGGUAAAGGCUUCCUGACCCACGGUAUGCUGUGUACAUAAAGUAAAGAGAUUGUAUUGUAAUGCAGUAGAUCAGCUCGAUGAAAAAAUAAUACAAACAUUCUCAUCUG